UAAUCUGUGGAAAGUGUGUCCGGAAGGCCGGAGUUUCCGGAAGGUUGAGGGAGACUUCCAGGCGAUCUGGGACUAAGAGAGCUCUGGGGUGUCUCGGUAGCCGAAUGGCCCAACAGCUGGUGGUUAAAAUCGCGAAGUGUUGAAUUUUGGUGGAGAGGCGGAGACUCAGAGUUGGUGCUGUGUGGCAACUCGUGGCUCCUUUGGGCUACUAGCUGCAGCGACAGCAGGGACGGCGGCGGGAGCAGCAGUAGCAUUUUCUUUCAGGAGCUCAGCAUCAGGCACCGCUGUGCGGGCGCUGAGCUGGCAUGCACUGGGCUGGUUCGCUCUGCAGAGCGCGCGCCCAGCGCUCCGCCCUUGUGCGCUCGUGCUCCGGCUCCGGCUCUGGGGGAUGAGCGCGGCGGAGAAGUUAAGGUGCUGUAGUGAUGCUGCCUUGGGGGAGGGAGAAGCUUUGUAGCCGCUGGACCUUUCUACCUGCGUGGUGAAAACGCUUGGAUCCGAGUGAUAGGAAAGCAUGGAAGAGAACAACAUGGAAAAGAAAUUGCUGGGGAGUAAAAAAGGCCCUUCCCAAAGAGAAAUCCCUAUCCCGCCAGCUGCGCUGCUACUGUUUGUGAUGGUCUUCAUGAACAUUGUCCUCUAUCUCUACCUCGAUCAUGUUUUCGUUUCUCCUCUGCCCUCUGGUGUGGAAUCUCGUCGCUGUCCCUUUGGUACCUUCCGUAUGGGACAGAUGAAAAAUUGCUCCCCUUGGCUCUCUUGUGAAUCCCUGAGAACAGAAGUCAGGAAGCUGAAACGUGUUGGGGAAGGAGCUGUUAAAAGGGUCUUUCUUUCCGAAUGGAAGGAACAGAAAGUUGCACUUUCACAGCUCACCAGGCCAGAGAUGAAAGAAGAUUUCCUCCAUGGCCUGAAGAUGCUGAAAUCCUUACAAAGUGAACACACAGUCCUGCUGCUUGGCUAUUGUGAAGAGGAUGGCACUCUGCUCACUGAAUAUCAUCCCCUGGGUACUUUGAAGACCCUGGAAGAAGCAUUAAACCUACCUAAAUAUCAAAGCCUGAACACCUGGCAUCACAGAUUGAAACUGGCGAUUAACUACAUAAAUAUCAUUAACUAUUUACACACUAGUCCCCUGGGUACUUUGGUGAUGUGUGACUCAAAUGACUUAGACAAAGUGCUUUCUCAGUACUUGUUGACGAGCAGUUUUAAUAUCGUGGCAAAUGACCUAGAUGCCUUGCCUGUUGUCGACAAGAGCAACGGGUCCCUGAUCAAAUGUGGCCACAGGGAACUCCUGGGGGAAUUUGUAGCCCCUGAGCAACUGUGGCCUUUUGGACAGGAAAAACCAUUUGAUGAUGAGCAUAUGCCGCCAUAUGACGAGAAGACAGAUAUCUGGAAAAUACCUGAUGUCUCCAGUUUUCUUUUGGGGCACGUGGAAGGGAGUGAUGUUGUCAGAUUCCAUUUGUUUGAGAUCCACCAGGCAUGUAAGAAGAAGAAUCCAGAUGAAAGGCCUUCAGCCCAGGUGGUCCUAGACACUUACCAAAGGGUUUUAAAUUCUCUUAGAGACACAGUCAUACCCGGGGUAAGAGAAAUGUUGUGAAAACCAGAUUAAUCAGUAAGAGUCAGGCCCUGUGAUUUAAUGGAAAAAUACAAGCUGCUUUUCUCAGCUGA